GGCUAUAAGGGGGCGCGCGCGGGCGGGCGGGGCCCUGAGGCCGCGAGGAUGUCCGCGAGUCAGGAGAGCCGCCCCCGCGACAGCGGCCCCGAGGGGAUGGAGCCGGACGGGGUCAUCGAGAGCAACUGGCACGAGGUGGUCGACAGCUUCGACGAGAUGAACCUGUCGGAGGCGCUGCUGCGGGGGAUCUACGCGUACGGCUUCGAGAAGCCCUCGGCCAUCCAGCAGCGCGCCAUCCUGCCCUGCAUCAAGGGCUACGACGUGAUCGCGCAGGCGCAGUCGGGCACGGGGAAGACGGCCACGUUCGCCAUCUCCAUCCUGCAGCAGCUGCAGCUGCAGCUCCAGGGCACCCAGGCGCUGGUGCUGGCGCCCACGCGCGAGCUGGCCCAGCAGAUCCAGAAGGUGGUGCUGGCGCUGGGCGAUUACCUGGGCGCCUCCUGCCACGCCUGCAUCGGCGGCACCAACGUCCGCGCCGAGGUGCAGAAGCUGCAGCUGGAGGCGCCGCACGUCGUCGUGGGGACGCCCGGGCGCGUCUUCGACAUGCUCAACCGCCGCUACCUCUCCCCCAAGUUCAUCAAGAUGUUUGUGCUGGACGAGGCUGACGAGAUGCUGAGUCGCGGCUUCAAGGACCAAAUCUACGACAUCUUCCAGAAGCUGAGCGGGAACACGCAGGUGGUGCUGCUCUCGGCCACGAUGCCGCUGGACGUGCUCGAGGUGACCAAGAAGUUCAUGCGGGAGCCGAUUCGCAUCCUGGUGAAGAAGGAGGAGCUGACGCUGGAGGGGAUCCGCCAGUUCUACAUCAACGUGGAGCGGGAGGAGUGGAAGCUGGACACGCUGUGCGACCUGUACGAGACGCUGACCAUCACGCAGGCCGUCAUCUUCAUCAACACGCGCCGCAAGGUCGACUGGCUGACGGAGAAGAUGCACGCCCGCGACUUCACCGUCUCCGCCAUGCACGGCGACAUGGACCAGAAGGAGCGCGACGUCAUCAUGCGGGAAUUCCGCUCCGGCUCCAGCCGCGUCCUCAUCACCACCGACCUGCUGGCCCGCGGCAUCGACGUGCAGCAGGUGUCGCUCGUCAUCAACUACGACCUGCCGACGAACCGCGAGAACUACAUCCACCGGAUCGGGCGGGGCGGGCGCUUCGGCCGCAAGGGCGUGGCCAUCAACAUGGUGACGGAGGAGGACAAACGGACGCUGCGGGACAUCGAGACCUUCUACAACACGGCGAUCGAGGAGAUGCCGCUCAACGUGGCCGACCUCAUCUGAGGGGCCCCUCCCCCACCCCGCCCCUCCCCCACCCUGCCCCUCCCCCACCCCGCCGGCGCUUUUAUUGGGGUGGUUCCGUUUUUUUAAUUAUUUUUUAUUCUUUUUCUAUUUUUUUUUUUACUCUUUUGAAUAAACGUCACGGUUGGGGGGU